GUGGCAGUUAGGGGACCUGGCCUGCUGAAUGGGUUGGGGCCUUCUCUUGGAUCAAGAGUCUCUUAUUAGAUCGAGGUCUCUUAUUAGACUUCCUCAUUCUUUCUCAGACCUCAGGCUGCAUGGUGGCAGCUGAUGAAGAUAUCUAAAAGAUGAAAAGAGACGAUUGAGCCUGGUGAGGGAAGCGGGAGACAGGGGGUGAAGUGGUGCUCAAGAUGGAUGCAGAGGACUCUGGGAAUGAGUUCCCCGGGUCAGAAGGAGAAAGAGACCAACAUCAGAGGCCUGGAAAGGAACGGAAGAGUGGGGAGGCAGUAUGGGGCACAGGUGAGCUGGGACAAGACGGGAGACUGCUGUCCUCCACCCUCUCCCUCAGCAGUAACAGGUCCUCGAGCCAGCGCCGGAACUCUCCGCUGCCCUUUCAAUGGAGAAUCACACACAGCUUCCGCUGGAUGGCCCAGGUGUUGGCUUCUGAGCUCAGCCUGAUUGCCUUUAUCCUACUAUUGGUCAUGGCCUUCUCCAAGAAAUGGCUGUACCUCUCUAGGAGCCGCUUCUACCAGCGCUGGCCCGUAGAUGUCAGCAACAGAAUCCACACAUCAGCCCACAUAAUGUCCAGGGGGCUCCUGCACUUCUGCAAAUCCAGGAGCUGUUCUGACUUAGAGAAUGGGAAAGUCACCUUCAUCUUCUCCACCCUCAUGCUGUUCCCCAUUAACAUCUGGAUCUUCGAGGUGGAGAGGAACGUAUCCAUCCCCAUCGGCUGGAGCUAUUUCAUUGGUUGGCUGGUGCUUAUCCUAUACAUCACCUGCGCGAUCCUUUGCUACUUCAACUAUAAAAGUUUCUGGAGUCUGAUUCUGAGCCACCCCAGUGGCGCCGUGUCCUGCAGCAGCAGUUUCGGCUCAGUAGAAGAAUCUCCAAGGGCACAGACGAUCACAGACACCCCCAUCACCCAGGAGGGAGUCCUGGAUCCUGAGCAGAAGGAGACACACGUGUAACCUUUUCUGAACUCCUGGCACCAAGUUCUGUCCAUUCAUCUGACCCCAUCUCCUCAUCCUCCCCCUAGCCCUUGAAUAGGUUGGUCCUCAUCAUUGCAAGGAAUGAGAAAGGGAGGAUUUUGCACUCCUCUGCUUUCUCCCUGCCUUGAUUGAGCUUGAGUGAUGUGGAAUAAAUUGUCCGUCUCUUCUUUCUCA